GCAACCAGUACUCGGCAAACAAUAAGUAGCUCAAAAUGGCUAGCGAUGAUAAGACGAGCGGGAUCACUGCAGCUCUCCCUUUCCUCCCAGGCAACACUUUCACUGAUAAAACGAGGACCAAGUACCACAGGAGCCAUACAUUAGCAUACAAGAAUGGCUACUCGAUCCCUUCUCGUCCUACAGUUGGUAUAGGAGGCACAAGAAUACCUUACAAUCAGCUCUCAGAGGCUGACCUUGAUGAGCUCUCGAACAUGCAUCCAUCCCUCACUUAUGGAAACUCCAGCACUAGUGCUGUCCCCAUGGUGGAGUUUGUACCAGCUCAUGUCUCUUUUGACAAGAAAGUGUUAAAUUUUGAUGCUUACUUCAAGCAGACGGUACACGAGAGUCCUGAUGAGUAUUAUCGUGUCAGAUAUGUGAAGGUUUACUAUUACCUGGAGGAUGAUUCCAUUUCUGUUGUAGAACCACCAAAAGAGAACAGUGGCAUUCCACAAGGAAAGCUAAUUAAAAGGCAUCAAAUACCUUGCAAUGAUUUAGGUGAUUGUUGGCACUGGAAGAAACUGAAUCUUGGCAUAGACGUAGCUUUUUAUGGAAAGAUAUUUCACAUUUAUAAUUGUGAUGAUUGGACUGGAGAGUUUUUAAAGAGCGAAGGUAUUGAGUUGAAUCCUCCCGAGCAGCCUCCAGCUGAUCCCUACACUCAGACCAGGCUCAAGCCACCACACACUUUCCACACUCCGUCCGACUUUGACAAACUGAGGCAGUUCAUUGAACUGGAUAGAAAGGUCCUGCGCUUCUAUUGCGUGUGGGACGACAGGGACAACAUGUUUGGGGAAAUACGACCUUAUAUAUUACAUUAUUAUUUGGUCGAUGACACAGUUGAAGUUUGUGAGGUUCAUGAACCAAACGAUGGACGUGAUCCAUUCCCAGUCCUCCUCUGCAGACAAAGACUGCCCAAGGAAAGAUGGAAUGUCCCCUGUAAGCUCCAGUACUAG